UAGGCUGACCUAGAUUUUCCACAGGGUGACAACCGCCAUCAUUGUAAUCACCAACAUCAUAGCCUCUCUCGGAACUUCGUUUUGCUCAUGAUCAUCAUGCAUAGGCUUGAUUCUUCUGGUAUAUCACAUAUCACUGGUCACUAACAAAUUGUGUUCCUUAUUGGUCGCCCUAACGGCCUAAGACAUUGUACCAUCUGAUGUUCCUGCAAAAUAUCUUUGAGUGUCCCAUCUUAACCCUUCUUCACCUUCAACUCCACUUCUGCAUCAUGGGUACGAUGAUAGUACUAACCUGUGGUUGGAUCUCUAUCUACUCACGAACUCAAGUUCCUACAGAAUUGCUGAUCUACGAUACUAGUCUUAUACAUAUGGGAGUCUGCACCCCAAGAACUUUGGCCGUCGCGUUUGACAUAUCUACACUCCACCUGAGGACGAUCAGCCCAUCGGUCGACGAAUCAUCUAUUCUCGCGCUCAAAGGCCAUACAUACCCAACGCACAAUUUUGCAAUCAUUGUAAUUAUUGGUUCUUUGUCAUUCUUCAUGCUUCGUGCUCGGACAAACGAUAAUCCGAGACAAUGAUUAAUAUGUCGAAUUCUCAAAUUGACAACUAUCUAAACUCUGACACGCCAUUUCUACAUUCCCUGAUCCCUACGAUC